AUGGCAGAAACUAUCGUCUCUGCUAUUGCUGAGCAAGUCUCGGAUAAGCUGAUAUCCCUUGCUUCCAACGAAAUGUGCUUGGCAUGGGGUGUCAAAAAAGAUGCACAAGAGCUUGCUGACACCUUAACCACUAUCAAAGUUGUUCUCUUAGAUGCUGAGGACGAACAGAUCCAUAAUGAGAAGCUGAAAGUUUGGCGGGGAAAGCUUAAGGAGAUCUGCUACGAUGCUGAAGAUGUUUUAGAUGAGAUUGAGGUGGAAGAUUUGCGCAAGCAAGUUGUGAAUCGCAAGGGCAUUACAAGUAAGGUAUGCCACUUCUUUUCAUCCUCAAAUCCAGUUGCUUUCCGUUUUACUUUGGGGCAUGAAAUUAAGGAGAUUAAAAAGAGGUUAGCAAAAAUAGCAGCUGAUAAGGAUAGUUUUAAUCUCGUUAAGAAAGUUGAUAGCAAUCAUGUUAUAGGUUGGGAGAGGGAAACUCACUCAUUUGUGCAUGCUUCAGAUGUUAUUGGUAGGGAUAAAGAUAAAAACAAGAUAAUGAAACUAUUGUUACGUCCUAGUGAUGGCCAUGAAAAUGUUUCCGUCAUUCCUGUUGUUGGUAUAGGAGGUCUAGGAAUAACCACACUUGCCAAAUUGGUGUAUAAUGAUAAAAUGGUGGACGAAUAUUUUACGUUGAAAAUGUGGAUAUGUGUGUCAGAUGAGUUUGUUUUGAAAAAACUAUUAAUUGACAUCAUCCAAUGUGCAACUGGGCAAAAAAAUAUUCACGAGAAUAUAGACCAGUUGCAAAGAAUUCUACGUGAUAUCUUAAGCCAUGAAAAAUAUUUGUUAGUUUUGGAUGAUGUUUGGAAUGAAGAUUAUGGGUUGUGGUUUGAAUUAAAAAAUUUAUUGAUGGAAUGUGUUAGUGGAAGUAAAAUUAUCGUAACUACACGUAGUGAUCGUGUUGCCUCAAUUAUGGGCACUAUACCUACAUACAAGUUAGAAGGUCUUUCUCUUGAUGAAUGCUUGAUGGUGUUUGUUAAAUUUGCAUUUAGAGAAGGGCAAGAAAAACAAUAUCCCAACCUUAUGGAAAUUGGAAUGGAAAUUGUAAAAAAUUGUGGAGGUGUUCCAUUGGCAGUAAGAGCAUUAGGAAGUUUACUUUAUUCUUCAACUUCUGAACAAGAUUGGAAAAAUUUGAGGGAUAAUGAGAUUUGGAAGUUGGAUCAAAAUGAAAAUAAGAUUUUAAAUGCUCUAAGAAUAAGUUAUAAUCAUCUCUCACCUCGCUUAAAGCAAUGUUUUGUUUAUUGUUCCGUUUUUCCAAAAGACUAUCCUUUUGAUAGUAAUAAAUUGGUUCAGUUUUGGAUGGCCCAUGGGCUUCUUCAAUCCCACAAUGAAAAUCAGGAUUUGGAAAAUAUUGGUAUGCAAUAUAUAAAAGAAUUAAUGUCGAGAUCUUUUUUCCAAGAUAUUGUUCAAGGUUAUGAGAAUUUCUACUGGUUUAAAAUUCAUGAUCUCAUGCAUGAUCUUGCCACAUCAUUGAUGAGAAAUGAGUGCUUAAUAGUGAAAUCGACUAACCAAAUUUGUACCAAAAGUUAUCGACACUUAUCAUUCCAUUUUGUUGAUGCACCUAAAAUAGAUGUUCCAAUCUUUUUACCUAACUUUGGCCAUCUGAGAAGCAUUAGUUUUUUUCAAUUUAUUGGUGGAAGUACUGGUGUUAGCCAAUCAUUUCUAGAAUUUAUCGUCUCAAGAUUCAAAUUCUUGCGGAUGUUAGAUUUACGUUCUUCAAAUAUUGAAGUAGUGCCUAAAAAAAUUGGUAAUUUGAAGCAUUUGAGGUAUCUUGAACUAGGAUACAACCCUAAAAUAAAAGAAAUCCCAAGUUCCAUUUACAAGCUACAAAAUUUGGAAUAUCUAUCACUAAUGAAAUGUGAGGAAUUAAAAGCGUUAACAAGAGAUGUAAAGUACUUAAUUAGUCUUAGAUAUCUCCAGUUAACUACGAUACAAAAGCAUCUACCAACCAAUGGUAUUGGUUGCUUGAAUUCCCUUCGUAGUUUGUGGAUUUCCAAUUGCAAUAAUUUAGAAUAUUUGUUUGAAGAUAUUGGUUGCCUUAAAGGUCUUCGAUCACUAUGGAUUUAUGAAUGUCCAAGACUUAUAUCAUUACCACAUGGUGUGAGAAGCCUAAGCUCAUUAGAACAUCUUCGUUUGCGCACUUGUGAAAGGCUUAAUCUUGAUUUGAGCAUAGGAUCGGAUAAGCAAGACAAUCAUGAUGAACUCAGUAGCACAUGGCCUCGCCUUCGAGUUCUUUACAUGAAAGAAUUACCACAAUUGGUGGAAUUCCCGCAAUGGCUUAUUCAGUGUUCCACUAACAAUUUGGAAAGGUUGGAGAUUGUAAAUUGUUCCAACUUGAAGGCACUACCAGAGUCAAUGGAAAAACUUCAAUUUCUUGGUAUUGAGAAGUGUCCAGAAUUGUCAUCUUUACCCAAGGAUAUGGAUCGUCUCAUUGCUUUGAAAAAACUUAUAAUUAGAGGUUGUCCUAAACUGAGCGAAAGAUGUAAACCGGAAACAGUGAGGGCAUUGAACUCGAUAUUUCAACAACGGGAUGUACAAGUAGACCCAAGAUGGUGGAACAUAAGUGGAGAGCCCUACAGUGGAGCCGCUAUAAAGGCAACUAGUUUGGAGGACUAUGAUAUGACUGUUCCUUUGAAAAUGGCUCAAUUUGCCACAUCACUGAGCUUGAGAGCAUUGAACUCAAUAUUUCAACAAUGGGAUGUACAAGCAGACCCAAGAUGGUGGAACAUAAGUGGAGAGCUGUGCAGUGGAGCCGCUAUAAAUGCAACUAGCUUGGAGGACUAUAAUCCUGUUAUCAAAUGUGACAUUUCAACAAUGGGAUAUUCAAGUUUUGCAAUCAAGUGUGGUGGUGAAGAAAUGAAGGUUGAUAUUAUAGUGUGUGAGGCCGAUGGCUAUGAUCUUGGUGGAGCUUCUUGUAUUGUACUUGAUACCGAAAAAUUGGCAAUUAGUGAUGCGGGUUUGUUUUCUGAAGGACAAUUUAACACUCAAUGUUCAAAAUAUUGGCUCGCAAGUGACUGGCACCGCAGGCCUGAAGCUUUAUCAGUCUUCAAGGCAAUCCUCGGGAUCACUUAG